AUUCUUUAUUAUAUUUAUGUCUAUUAUAAUUAUUUUAAAUUUUAAAAGUGAUUUCACCAAACACUAUUGUUGUAACUUAAGCUUUUUAAAAACUACUUUUAUUUUGUUUUAGCAAACAUAACUCUUAUGACUUUUGAAAAACCAAAAAAGAUAGGCAACUUUCAAUUUCACUUUUUUAGGUUCAUUGAAACAUUCAUGUAUUUAGGCGUUUUGAAAAAGGGACUAUUAAAACACAGUAUUCUACUUUUUAGGGUAACAAUAGUUUGACCAUGUCUACCGAACUUUAUGCACAAGUGAAUAAGUUCUGCAUCCUUCUCUUUCAUUAGGUUCUAUUAUUGAGCUCUAGACACGAUAGGAACUCUGGAUCCUGGGUUGUUAUUUUCAUAUAUUUGGUAGGUCAAUGUACUUAAAAAUGAAUAAAAAGGGUUUAAGUGGGUUUAAUCAUUGGAUAAUCCAGCAACCCAACUUAACUCUGAAAUGGAUAAUUUUUAAAAUUGUCAGGUAGCUGGGUCGGUUUAUUGUUUUUAACAUUGUUCAUAAUAUUGUAUCUAUUUGUCUCUGACUUUUGUGUUUAAUUGACUAACCGAGUUUAGAUUCCACAUGUACUUUGCACUAGGCUUAGUAAUAGAUACUCACUGACUCAUUCUUGUAUUUGUUUGCAGACUUAGCUUGAUUUUCAGAAGGGUUCAACGUACUCAGAUUUUGUGAACCAUUGGAGUGCCUGCUUAUGAACCCUUAGGGUACCGUAAAUUGCGUAAUAGCUAUAUUACAUAAUCGUUUUAUCUAACUCCUGUUGGCCAAUUCAUGGCCUUUUCUGCAUGGUGAAGAUCAGGAAAUAGUGUUCCUCUCCUCAACUGGAACAAAUCUGAAAAUAUACUCAGUUGUUGCUGCCAUAAUUUGUUCUUCGAUACCUGGUUUCCGGCAAAAUAUUUGCAAAUCUUGUAACCACCCAAUUCUAGGAAGUAGCUCGGCUUCGCUAACCUGUUUUUGUCAUUGUAUAUAAUGUAAGUUCAAAGCUUGUACAGGGAUGAUACUAGUGGUUGGCAAUGAUGGAUGGAUAGAAUGCAGCAAAUCUAAUUAGUUUUGGAAACAAAAUGUGUUAGCAAUCUUGGUAUCUAUCAUCGUAGGCUCUCGGUAUUUUUGGCCCAUAGAAUAUACUUUAGAUAUUUGGCUCAUUUUUUUUAAUAUGGAUAGUAUGUUGGUGUUUUGAAUGGAAAUAGGCGUUUUUGGUGUAUUUGCAUGUUGGAGGACAUGUCAGAUGUGCAUUAUCAACACGUGGGGGGCUUGCUGACGCAGCACGUGGAGGGCGAGCUGGCAACACGUGAGGGGCGUGUUACUGAUGUGGCAACGUGUGAUUUGAGGCCCCCUUAACACGUGUUGACGUGGCAAUGACUGAUUCGAGGGCACUUCCAACAUGUGGGGAGAGUGUUGAUGACGUGUCAAAGUGUGAUGGGAGGGCAGCUUCAACACGUGGGGGGCGUAUUGCUGAUGUGUCACUUUGUGAUUCCAUGGCGAUGCAACACGUGGUGUGCGUGUUGAGUGCUCUGUCUAUAUAAAGCCAAGCUCAGUACCAUGUCAUUGCGGAGAAGAGAGAGUGUAUUUCUGGUGUGAUUGAGGAUACCGCAAACUUGGUAGUGGAUUGCAACAGGGAGAUUAUACGAAAUAUUCAUGAGGGAGUGAGGUUUGUGUGUCAGAAUCCGUUUGUUUGUGGUUUCAUGCACCAUGACGUUCAUGGAGCUUUAGAACGGCCUCUGUCAAAGCAUGGAGAACGGUAUGUUGAGGAGAGUGAGUAGUAUUUUGUACCGGAAUUCCAUUAUAGUUUUUUAUGGUCUAAUACAAUUUGAUAUUAUGCUAAUCAUUGACGAAGCGAGUAUGCAAAAUAUGUUCUAAAUUCACCAGUAGACUCGGGUGCAACAGCCACAGAUUAAGCUGUAUUUUGAGUUUGAGAACAUAGAGGCAGAUGGGAUUCAAAAUGAUUUAGAUAUAGAGGAUGAUAGAGCUAUAGUGUACGAAGUAAUGAAUGGUGACAACAAAGAGGACUUCGAAGCCACUUGUGAAGCCGACGAUGAAGAUGAGAAUGGUGAUGUAGGAAUUGAGGCUGUAGCGGAGAUUGCAGUGGUUCCUCCUGCAGUUAGUCAACCCAUGGACGUUCCGCCUUGUAUGCGUAACUUGGACCUUGACGCCAUGUAUGCAUCGGAAUUUUUCAAAUAUGCAAACAUAGGUGUUGUUGAUCCUAAGGACGGGGAGUUUAGAAUUGGAAUGGAAUAUAGUUCUAGAAAGUCUGUCGUUGUAGCAAUCAGAAGUUACAAUAUCUCUAGAGGAGUCAACUAAAAUGUUUUUGAGUUCGUGCCACAGGCGUUCUAUGCAAAAUGCAAGACGUAUGGGUGUGGGUGCAACUGACUUAUCCGAGCCAGCUUGAUACAGAAAAAAGGUUGUUGGAAGAUACAAAGAUACAACGGUAGGCACAUGUGUGCCAUCAGAACGAUUUCACAAGAUCAUUUCGAGUUGGACUCGGACACAGUUGUUGAGGCUAUAAGGCCAUUGGUUGAACCGACCUGUCCAUCAAGGUCAAAUCUAUAAUUGCGGAAGUCCAGUCAAGGUUCAACUAUACCAUCAGUUACCGAAAGGCUUGGCUGGCAAAGUAGAAGUCCAAAGCCAUAGUUUUCGGUGGUUGGGAGGAUUUUUACCAAGCGUUGCCAUAGUGGCUCUCGGUCAUGGUUCAAAAGAUGCCUAACUCAGUUGUCCAAAUAGAAAUACAACCUAUGUACAACGGGAGUGAGGAGGCGGACAGUGUCAGAAUACUUCACCGCGUUUGGAGUUUCAAUUCAUGCAUUAGGACAUUCAGGCAUUGCAAGCUUUUAGUUCAAGUUGAUGGCACACACCUUUACAAAAAAUACAAAGGUACACUUCUGGUUGCUGUUGCACAAGAUAGGAAUCAAAACAUUGUGCCUAUCGCUUUUGUCCUGGUGGAGGGGGAGACAGCUGAUGCGUGGCACUUUUUUCUCAGAAAUUUACAAAGGCAUGUUGUUAGAAGAGACGGUGUGGGUAUGAUCUCAGACCGACAUGAAUAAAUCUAAACAGCAGUAAAUCGUUUCGGAGGUGAUUAGUAACCCCCAAGAGCAUGGUGGAUGUUUUGUAUAAGGCACAUUAGUAGUAACUUCUUAAGGGCAUUCAAGGUCUCGCACUUGCAAGAGCUUGUUGUCAACAUAAGGUAUUCAAGGACAAUGGAAGAGUAUAACAUCAACUAUAAGAGGUUGGAAGAGCGAGGUGAGGCAUAUGCCCGGUGGUGCGAUGCCAUUGGACUUAGACACUAGGUAUUGGCAUUUGACGAGGGACAUCGAUGGGGUCAUAUGAUAACGAACCUUGUCGAGUGCAUUAAUUUAGUGUUGAUGGGUGCCCGAAACCUCCCUGUGUUAACGCUCGUCUGAGCAACAUAUUAUCGGUUAAAUGAACUAUUUACGUGGAAAAGUGACGAGACUCACGAACGCAAGCAUGCUAGAUUUACUUACUCUGUAUUUGCACAACAGCGGAUAGAAGCAAAUAUGCAAUGAGUUGGGAACAUAGUUGUUCACCGGUUUGAUAGACAAAAUGAGGUAUUUGAGGUGCGCGAAAUGCCUACUAAAAAGGUGUUGGUAGUUGAUCUUGCGCGACAGACAUGUAAUGUGGGCACUUUCAAGUGGAACGACUACCAUAUCGCCAUGUUAUUGUUUGUUAUGCUAACCAGCAUCUCGAUUGGCAAUUGUAUGUGCAUGAUGUGUACAAAAUAACAGAAGCUCGUAAGGUGUAUAGAUUAUUUGAGUUCAUACCAUUAGGUGAUCUAGAGACAUGGCCUGCUUAUUAGGGACCCACAUUGGUCACUAAUCCCGCCUUGAGGCGAACAUUGAAAAGUCAUCCUAAAUUGACCUAAUACCUGAAUGAAAUAUACUCACGCGACAUGCGUGGUCCUCGGAUAUGCUGUCUCUGUGGUAGACAAGGUCAUAGUCGAAGUCGAUGUCCUUAGCGUGCUCGACCGAGUGGUGCUGGUGACGAUGGUAGUCCUUAGAUCUUUGUUGGUCUUUGUGUUUGUAUGUUUAGGUUAAUUUUAUCAGUUAAUGCUUUUGAUGUUCGUCGUGUUUGUAUUUUUAAAUUAGAGUUA